AUGGCCCGUACCAAGCAAACUGCCCGUAAAUCCACUGGAGGAAAGGCUCCUCGUAAGCAACUUGCUUCCAAGGCUGCUCGCAAAUCCGCACCAUCCACCGGAGGUGUCAAGAAGCCACACAGAUACAAGCCAGGAACUGUCGCUCUCCGUGAGAUUCGUCGUUACCAGAAAUCUACGGAGCUCCUGAUCCGAAAGCUCCCUUUCCAACGUUUGGUUCGUGAGAUCGCUCAAGAUUUCAAGUCCGACCUCAGAUUCCAGUCUUCUGCCAUCGGCGCUCUCCAGGAGUCCGUUGAGGCUUACCUUGUCUCCCUCUUCGAGGACACCAACUUGUGCGCCAUUCACGCCAAGCGUGUCACCAUUCAAUCCAAGGACAUCCAGCUUGCUCGUCGUCUCCGUGGUGAGCGAUCGUAG